CUUUCUUCUUCUUCAAAUUUGUUAUGUUUGUUCAUUUCAUGCAAGUAUGAAAGCUGCAAAAACAAUACCUUCUAUAUUAAAAUACGUCCUCGUAAUCUCCGUUUCUCUCUUGGUCUUUGUUUCUCUUCAGAAUCGCCGCUCUAAUACCCUACUCGCCACCACUAUCACCGUCACCGGCGUCACCACCUCCAACGACCACUACACUACUUCUUUUUCUUCCGCUCUGGACUUCUCCGAUGACCUCAAAAUCAGGGCUGGCUACACCACCUACGACGCCUACAUCCAACGCCAACUCAAUAAAACCCUCAACCCAAAGCUACGGAAAAUAUGGACGACCCGAGAUUGGGACCGGAAAAUCAAGGUCUUCUCCAGAUUCUUCAACGAAAUGAAGCUCGAAAACUUGCUAUCCAACUCCUCGAAAUCUCUCUCCAUCGGCGCCCGCGUCGGCCAGGAGGUGGAGGCUCUCAAACGCGUCGGCGUCACCGAUGCCGUCGGCAUCGACCUCGUCCCCUUCCCGCCGCUCGUCGUUAAAGGCGACUUCCACAACCAACCUUUCGGCAACGACACCUUCGAUUUCGAGUUCUCCAACGUCUUCGACCACGCGCUUUACCCGGAAAAGUUCGUCGCCGAGAUCGAACGGACGCUAAAGCCUAACGGCGUCUGUAUUUUACACGUGGCGUUAUCGAGACGGGGUGACAAGUACUCGGCUAACGAUUUGUACAGCAUUAAACCAUUGAGUAAGCUUUUCCGGCGAUCGGAACUGGUACGUGUGCGUAAAGUUGACGGGUUCGGGUUGGACACCGAAGUUGUAUUUCGUAAGAAGAAAAUGAUCCGACGGUCCUAAUUUGAUUUGUUACUUAUUUAGUUAU